CAACUUCAUGUAGAACAUUCCAAUUCUUUCACUCAUCAUCAAAAAAUGCAAUUCCACCGGAAAUUCCACCACCAUCAUCACCACCACCUUCUCCGACCAUUCACCACCUCACCUUUCACCAUGUCAAUCUCUUCAUCAUCAUCAUCCCCACCACCAUCACCACAAGAAACCAAAACCCAAAACCAAAGUACACAACUAAUCCAAAAAGUCCUAACUUACCAUAACCAAACCAAACACUCUUUCACUAACUAUUCCAAAGGCCCCAAAAAUCUUGAUUGGGAAAACCAGCCAAACCCAUUCCGCCGUUACAUUUCUUCCCCAAUCCACCCUCUCAUUCACCAUAAUGAUGAUUCCCAACAUUCUCCGUUAUAUCAUUCUCUUUUCAAUUCCAUUCCAUUCCCUCCAAAACCCAUCUCCCAAAGAACCCUUUCUGAAUUCUUUUACAAUUCCCUUGCUUUGUCUGCCUGGAAAUCAACUCCCUUUUCUCAAUGGUCUCUUAGAGUUAACCCCAGCUCAGGUAAUCUACACCCAACUGAAGCUUAUAUUAUAUCCCCACCUAUUGAAUUCAUUUCUGAUUCGUCUUUUGUUGCUCAUUACGUCCCAAAGAUUCAUUCUUUAGAGAUGAGAACUCAUUUCCCAUCUGGGUUUUUAGCCAAUUUGAUACCUGAGGGUUCUUUUCUUAUUGGGUUUUCUUCCAUUUUUUGGCGGGAAUCUUGGAAGUAUGGUGAAAGAGGGUUUAGGUAUUGUAAUCAUGAUGUUGGGCACGCAAUUGGGGCGGUUGCGAUGGCGGCUGCUGGGCUUGGAUGGGAUGUGAAGUUGCUUGAUGGGUUGGGUCAUGAGGAUUUAAAGAAAGUAAUGGGGCUUGAAGUUUUUGAAGAUUUCGAAAUUCCGUCAAGAAUUGUGAAAGGUAAGUUAGAUGAGAUUGAAUUUGAACAUCCUGAUUGUUUGUUGCUUGUUUUUCCUCAUAAUAAUGAUAAUGGGGUGGGUGAGUUUGAUGUAAAUUAUAAGGAUUUGAGUUUAGCGAUUUCGGAAUUCAGUAAAUUUGAUUGGAAAGGAGAGGCUAAUUCACUUAGUAAAGAGCAUGUAUGUUGGGAUAUAAUCUACAGGACAUCUGAAGUGGUUCAAAAGCCCUUAACUUUAGAUAAAAAGUUUGAUGUUGAACCGUUUGUAAAGAGUUGGACUUGUAGUGAGGAUUCUUAUAUAGGUUUGAGUUUAAGUGAAGUUGUGAGGAAGCGUAGGAGUGCAGUUGAAAUGGAUGGAGUUACAUCAGUGGAAAGAGAUACAUUUUAUCAGAUUUUACUUCAUUGUCUUCCUUCGGGCUGUCAUGAGAAGCAAAAAAGACCUUUGGCAUUGCCUUAUCGAGCCAUGGAUUGGGAUAGUGAAGUGCAUUUUGUGCUGUUUGUGCAUAGAGUUGUUGGUUUGCCUAAAGGGUUGUAUUUUCUUGUGAGGAAUGACGAACACUUUGAUGAUCUUACGAAAGCCACAAAGUCGGAUUUUAAGUGGGAGAAACCCGAGGGUUGUCCAUCAGGGUUGCCCUUAUAUGAACUUGGGAGAGCUGAUUGUACGAAGCUCGCAAAACAUCUUUCUUGUCAUCAGGAUAUAGCGGGUGAUGGUUGCUUUAGCCUUGGUAUGGUCGCCCAUUUUGAACCAUCCUUACGGGACAAGGGUGUGUGGAUGUAUCCCCGAUUGUUUUGGGAAACAGGAAUUCUUGGUCAGGUCUUGUACCUUGAAGCACACGCGGUUGGCAUUUCAGCCACAGGCAUCGGUUGCUUUUUUGAUGAUCCAGUGCAUGAGGUUCUUGGGUUGAAAGGAUCGAACUAUCAGAGCCUUUAUCAUUUCACAGUUGGUGGACCUGUCGUUGACAAACGUAUAAUGAGCCUUCCUGCAUAUCCUGGUCCUGGUGUUGAUGCAUAACAAACUCAGUGUGCUUUAAAAGCAGCAGUAUACUUCACUCUAUAAUUUUGAUUAGAUGAGCCUAUUUACCAUCUUAUAAUUAGUUGGAUAAGAGAUUGAGAGCCAGUUUAGUGUCAUAAGGUGUAAUAUUAACUGUUUCCUAAUCUCGAUCUUGCGAGAAAUCUUCUUUAACAGGUACGAGUAAUUGUUUAUUUUAUACAAUUCAUGUGGGUUGUAUUGUAAUUAUAAGGUGUAAUCGAAAAGAUAUAGUUAAAAAGAAAGAUUCAUUC